GCUGCAACGCGCAGACACGGAAGUGGAGCUUCCAUACGGGCUGGGGGAGAGUAGGGGCUGCGAGCUGGAGGUUGGGGGGUCGCCAUGUUGGGGGAGGUGGCGGCGCCGGUUUUGGGGAUCCCUGAGGGGACUUGAGGAUAAUUGGGGGAUCCUUUUGGCAAUUGCGAGUUUCCCGGAGGGGUUUGGGAUCCUGGGGGGAUUUUUCAGGUAGCCCUAGUGGGGUGAGGGUACUCUGGGAUCCCUUUCUCAGGGAGGUGGGCUGAGGGUACCCUCACAACACCGCCCCCACCUCCUCCCACAGCUUCUCUUUUCUUCGGGAUAUCUUUGGAUUCGGAGUUCUGGAAUUCUCCCCUGGUUCCUCCCCAUCCUGGGGCUCCUUUUAAUUUCACCUAAUUUCCCAGCGCCCCAGAAUCCAUGGAUUCUCUCCUUUUCCUCUGCGCCCGCCGCAUUGUCGCCCAGAGCCCUCUUCCCGCCCUUCCCCCCCAUCUCUAUCCCGCCCUGUUCCAAGCGGCAUUCCUGGAUGGAAGGCCCCUGGUCCUGCGGGAUUUAGUGGACACUUGGCCCUUCCCAGUGCUCCAAUUCCAGCGGCUCGUGGGGCAGCGGGAGCUGCUCAGGGAUCGUACCUGCAUUGACUGUGUCGAGGCCGUCAUCCAGGCCGUGGUAGCGCAGAUCAAGCGGGAGCUGGAUGAGCCCGGCUGCCAUUCCAGCCUGCGUGUGCUGGACAUGACCAGACUCUCAGAUUCCGUGUCCGGCUGUACUCCUGCCGCAUUGACCAGCUGGUCCAGCACCGAGGCUUUGGCCAAGGCUUGCGUGGAGCUGUCCAAGCACGAGCCAGAAUUCCCGAGACGUACAUCCAAGCGGCUCAAAGGCCGCUCUGGGGCCGCCACAGCUGCUCUGCGGGCUCCAGGCGUGGACGUCCACGCCGACCUUGUAGUUAACAGAAGGUCCUAUGGGAUCCUGCGUGAUGCACUUCAGGCCGGAGCUGCUGGCCCGCUGCGCCUCAAGUGCCACGAAUUCCAAGCAAAGUACAUCUCAGCAUACGAGAUCUUGACUUUGUUGAAAUCUCUGGAUCCUUCAUGUGUUCGGAGGGUGGAUCUGCACUUCCGGAAUUUGGGAUUGAACGGGCUCUUGGUUAUCCUGCCACACCUCUCACGCUUCCCAGAGCUGCGCAGCCUCAAGCUACAGCACAGCAAGGUGGACGUGAGGCACCUGACAACGGAAUCGGACAUCAGAAUCCUCUGCGUGGCCAGAAAGCUGGGAAUGCUGACCAGCCUCCGGGAGCUCAACCUGGGAUCCUCCCGGCUCUCUGGGAAUCUGCGCCAGAUCCUCUGCGACCUCCAGGCUCCAUUGGAAAGCUUGGAAUUGGCCUUCUGCUCCCUCGUUCCCGCUGACCUCGCCUUCCUCUCCCAAAGCUUCCACGCUCCGGCCCUCAAAAGGUUGGAUCUGAGUGGCCACGACAUCUCCCAAGGCCUCCUGGAGCCGCUCCGGCUGCUCCUGGAGGAAACCUCGGCCUCGCUGCUGUACCUGGAUCUCAGGGAAUGCCGCAUGGCCGACUCCCACCUGAACGCGCUGCUCCCGAUGCUCCGAGGCUGCUCCCACCUGCGCUUCCUGGGACUCUAUGGCAAUCCCCUGUCCACGGCUGUGCUCAAGGAUCUGCUCCAGAAAACCUUGGAGCUGCCGAAUCUCCACCAGGUCGUGUAUCCCUUCCCGGUGGAUUGCUACAAGAGGGAGCCACCGGAAUCUAGACGGAAUUUUGUAAAGGAUAAGGAGCUUUUUGCAGCGGCCAAGGCGGAGUUUUCCCAAAUCUUAGCGAAUUCCAAAAGAAUCGACCUCAUUUGGACUUACAACCCCUAUGGCCACAGAUCCCUGGACUACUUCUCUUUGUGAUUUGUGGAAACUUUGGAGGUGGAAAAAGCUCAGAGCUUCCAUCGCAGAAAAGUGCCGCCACCUUCUUCCUGAAAUCUGAGUGUUUUUUGCCUCAUCCCAAUGUUUUUCCACCUCAUUCCAGUGGUUUUUUCCCUUUCAUUUUGGUGCUCUUCUGCCUGGUUUUUUUAGCUUUCCGCCUCAUUCCGGUGUUUUUCCACCCCAUUCUUAAAUUUUUCCCUGGUUUUGUACCUUUUCUGUCACGUUUUGAGGUUUUUCCUUCCCAACCCCUGUAUUUCUCCCCCUCAUCCCAAUAUUUUCCCCCCCAUCCCAGAAUUUUUUCCCCCAUUUCAUUUUUUUUCCAGCCUGGUGUUUUUUUUAGCCCAUCCUGGUAUUUUUCUCCCUCAUCCUGGUAUAUUUUCAACCCAUUUCAUCAUUUUUCCAGCUCAUCCCAGUGUUUUUCCAUAAGGAUUGGCUUUGCACGGCCAAAUUCCUAGAGAUUCCAGGGCUGGAUUCCACAGGAAGCAGCCGGAUGCUUCUCCUUUGUCCAGCCAAUCCUAUUGGGAACUGCGGCUAUGCCUCCGGAAUAAGAAUGAAGUCAGAAGAAACCAAUCAUAGCACAGCUGGAAUUAUGGAGUAGUAGUUUGAGAAAGGAACAACUCCAGAGAUGAUUCCAGGGUGCUGGAGUGGAAAUUCCCAAAAUUCCGUGGUGCAUCCAAAGGGAAGCUCAUCCUGGAGCUUGAUCUUGGGAGUGACCUGUGGAUCCAUGGAAAAAAGAGCAGAUUCCUGGCAGGAAUCUCACAGUAGAAAAAAGCCUUUGCAGCAGGAUAUUCCUGACAUGUUGACCCCUUGGAAAAGUUCAUCAGGAAUUGUCUUCUGUGGGAACGACACAUUGGGGAAAUCAAUGGAAAACUCUUGCUGUGGGAUGGAUUUGCGUUAGAAAAUGCCCUGACCUCAGGAUAGAUUCACAGAGAAAUCCAUGGAAAACUACCCUGGGAUGUCCCCGGGUCCCAUCACUGCUGGAGGGAUUGAGGGGAAAGCUGGGAAAGAGUGAACUGGGGAGAAAAAGUUGGAUUUGGGGUCUUGUUAUCCUGCUCUGAUCCCGUUGGAAAUAAACUCAUCCUAUCCCAGA